UUUCCACCAAGUCACCCAACGGGCUAUACGGUGGAUUUUUACCGGUUUUCGGUAAGCUGGGCACGCAUACUUCCAAACGGUUUUGCCAACGAAGUCAGCGAGGAUGGGCUUCAAUAUUACAAAAAUUUAACCCAAGCUCUGAUUGAUAACGGUAUUGAGCCCGUCGUGACAAUAUAUCACUGGGACCACCCACAGAUUCUUGAAGAUUUGGGUGGAUGGACAAACGAAUUGAUGGUCGAGUGGUACACUGAUUACGCGAGAGUUAUUUUCGAGGAAUUGGGACCCAUGGUGAAAACCUUCAUCACGAUGAACGAGCCAAAAAUAUCUUGCGAAAAUGGAUAUAACUCAACUACUGCAGCAGCUCCAGGAAAGGUAUUAGAAAAUAUGGGCCACUACCUGUGCGUUCACAAUUCUUUGAAAGCCCAUGCGACAGCGUAUCAUCUGUACGAUGAUGAGUUCCGGGCGACGCAACAAGGCCAAAUAGGAAUGCUGGCGUCCGCGACCGGGUGGGUCCCAGGGGACAACGUAACCGAAGAAUCCAUCGAACAACACUUUCAGUUCGAUUGCGGCUGGAUUAUGCAUCCCAUUUAUGUUGGAGACUAUCCAGAAAUCGUAAAAACGAGAGUGGCCAACAUCAGUGCGCUAGAAAAUUACCCAUUUUCACGUCUACCCGAAUUUUCACAGGAGUGGAUAGAGUACAUAAAUGGAACAACAGACUUUUUCGGUCUUAAUCACUACACGUCAGUUAUGCCCAUAUUUGACACAGCCGAAGAGCUUGGCAUAUAUACUAGGGAUAGUGGAAUAAUCAAAUCUACCAAUUCCAGUUGGUCAACUAGCAGUGCUUUUUGGAUAUACGUAUUGCCAGAAGGAUUCGGUAAUGUUUUGCGUAUGAUUCGAGACCAGUACAAUAACCCACCGUUGUAUGUUUUCGAAAAUGGAUAUCCUGAUAGCGGUGAAUUGGAAGACUAUGAACGCAUCAGUUAUCAUUACGAAUACAUCAGCGAGAUGCUCACAGCCAUCAAUGAUGACGGCUGCAAUGUUAUGGCGUACACCAUUUGGUCACUUCUGGACAAUUUUGAGUGGAAUGCUGGCUACACAGAAUUGUACGGCAUCAUAAGUGUUGAUUUCAACAGUUCGGACAGAACAAGAUCAGCUAAACUCUCUACAUCAUGGUGGCAAGAAGUCAUUAGUACACGUACACUUCAGGAUGUUCCCAGUAACAGUACUCGACUUGACUCUGUAACCGAAGGUCAAAAAGAUGUUCAAAACGCGAAAUGA